AUGUCAUGUCGUGUUCAACAUCUGCCACCAAGUCAGAUACGAACCUACAGUGAAAUCGAAUUUGGAAAUUUUAUUAGCAAUUCUAUAGUCUUUGGGAAAGAAAAGUAUUUUGUGGAAAAAUGCAUAUCGAAAAUUUAUAUAUUGAAAAUUGCGAGAUUUUGUUUUAACAAUCUUGCCUUUAACCUAAAUAAAAAGUACUUGAGCAUCAAAGCAAUGGAAACGUGGGGAACUGUUGCUGCUGGUGGGCAGGAUUUACUUUCAAAUAUUAGUAUUCAUAUUGCUUAUUUUAUCAUCCGAUCAAAUUCCAAAAAUGGCCAGAAAAUAAAUUUCUUGUUGAAAAUUUGGCUUACAUUUUUAUGUAAAAAUAAUAUCUUCCGUUAA